CCGGCACUGCCCGCACAUCCACUAGGCGGCGAUCUGUUUCAGACGACGCGCAGCUGCGCUCGGCGCCGUAGAAGAAGACGCGCCGCUCUCCGUACGACUUUGACGCGUUAGCUGCUGCGACUCUCCUGACCUUUCUGCUGCCACAGCGAGACACCCUGACAGAUGGCUGGCCGUGCGUUCGCGAGCUUCUGGGCCAAGAUGAGCCCGUACUACACCAAGGCGUACCAGGAGCUGUGGGUCGGCGUCGGCAUCAUGACCUACUUGUACUACAAAGUAUCAUAUGGAGGCAAGAAAGCUGUGAAGGACAAACCUGCCCACUGAGUCGCCCCCUCCCCCCAUGCUGACCCCCCCACCGCUCCCGAUCCUGUCUGCAGUCUGGCUCUUUAAGUUUGUGUUAAUAUGGAACAAAUAAAGUUGCUAUCCUGA